UUUCAGAGUAAAGUUUAUCCUUCAAAUUGUACUAAAAAAACAGUCGGACAGGAUUUAGAAUGGUCUUUGAGAGGAGACUGCGGUUCAGUCUCCUAACAGCAAAUACGACUACUGGAAAUACAGACGAUCUACGUGUACGUGAACUCAUCCAAAUUCUAAGCCCUAUAUUAUUAUUGCUUCAUAUAGGGUUUAAUUCAUUCAUUCGAAUAUGGAAUUAACAAGCAUAGAAGGGUGAGUGACUGACUUCGUUACCAAGACGACAAAAUUAUUAUUGACAAGCAAUCAGAAAAAAUAUUUUACAUAUUUUACGCACACAAAUAAUUUCUAACAAUAUUUUAUAUUUUAGAUUAUAUACCGAAUCGAUUAGAAGUUAUCUGCCUGAUAAAAAAAGAUGCCACGUCUCAAGCCCACAACCAAAAUCGACGUUAUUGGCAAUUUGGAUUUGAGUCCGGAGAAGGCAGUUGGCGAUUAUAUUGAAUCUAAGCAGCAAGAUGUAUAUUUCGUCAAACCACCCAAUUGGGAUUCGGCAGGCGACUCUAUUGAACUGCUUUAUAUACGCAAUGAACGUGAGCAUGCUGCCAUGUUGCGUCUCCAAGAUGAGAUGCUGGAAAAUUCGAAGCGUCAGGCGGCAAGUAAUGCCAGUCGCAUACGCAAACUCUAUAAGAUACACGCGCAUUUGCGUAAACGCUUCAUUGAGGUGAAUAAUUUCAUCAAAGACUGUGAGGAUAAGCGGCGUGUAGCUGAUAAAAAGAUAGCCGAAGAGACCGCACUGCAUGCAGAGCUGGCAGAGAAUAUUGAAAAGUUCAAGCGCGCCAUAUCGGAGUUGGCUGAGUUUCGUGAAGUGCUGAAAGCGACUGUCGACGAUUUGGAGCCAUAUGAGACGGUCAUUCAGGAAGUGGUGGAGAAAUCGGAGAUAUUCGAUUCAGUGAAGGAUUGUAUGGAUCGUUGUGAUGCGUUAAUGUUGGCGCAGGUGGAGAUAUCACGUUUGGAGCAAGAAAAAUUUAUGGAAAUCGAAGAGAUGCGCAAACGUAUGGUGAAGGUGACAAAUGAGGCCGCAUUAACAGUGUUGGGUUUGAAAAACGAUUUAGCUGAGCUGGAACGUUCGUAUAAUAAGGCGCGUAGCGAGUGCCUACAUUGGGAGCGUAUUUUAGCAAAUGCCAAAGAUUGCGUGGCCACAAAUGAGCUUAAUAAGGAUCGUGCGUUAGAUGGCAUACGUGAUAUUUAUAGAAUGUUGCGACGCAGGCAAGGACGUGAUCCUUUGUUCCAACGACACGAAGUCGAAAAAGAGUUGGAUUUUAUUAAAGAUGAAAUUGAACUGCUGAAGGAAGUGGUAAAAGAGUGUAAUAAGACGCGUGCUGGUACUAAACGUGGUUAUGUUGAGAAGGUUGAGGACAGAUGCUAAAUUAUAAAUACAAAUAAUAUGGUAAAAAUAUUAUAUAUUAUUUUAUAAGAUAUUAAAAAAUAACAAAAAUAAUAAUACAUAAACCAGCAAAAAAAAAAUGAAUAAAUAAUAUAAUAAAAAUAAAUAAAUUAAUAAAAUAAUAAUAAAAAUAAAUAAAUACAAAAAAAAAUAAAUAAAUGAAGUAAUAAAAAAAAUAAAUGAAGUAAUAAAAAAAAAUAAAUAAAAUAAUAA